GAGUGGAUAGUUGCCAAGGGGUACACUGAACUUUUUCGAUUAAAAAUUACACCGUAUAUAUAAAAUGUUUUUAAAAUAUUCUAUGUAUUGAGAUUUUCAACCGGCUCAAAAUUCACUUUUGAAGUUUUCAAAUUUCAAGCAUUAUAUUUUUAUUUUUCGAACCUAUCCGCCUGAUCCAUUCAAAGAUACUUGCUCUCAAAGUCCGUUAACUAAUCAGUAAUCACUAAUUGGCUCUCAAAGAGUCCGUCAACUAUGGAGUUUCUGCUUGACUUGUGGAAAAAACUUGUCAUGGAAGAAAAUUGACCCAGUCUUCAGCCUCUCACAAUUUAGCAUUAUCAUUUUUCCUAUUCACACAAUAUUUUCAUUUUACCAGAAACAGUCCAUUUCCAUUUCCAUUCAAAUUCUGCCAUGGAUUCAGAUUCUGUAAACAAAAUCUCUAAGGCAUCAGUUAGCCUAAAUCUGAAUGAUCAAACGAACUCAAGAAGAAGAAAGCAGCCCAAGUGGUUCAUUACUUUAAUCAUCUUUUUCAUUCUCAUCAUCGUCGCCAUCAUCUCUGUUUUAACGAUGAUUAAGCGAGAUUAUGAAUCUGAAUUACCUGCCAAUAAUCCAGAAAAGGCAAUCAAAUCCAUUUGCUCGCAGACUCCGUACUAUCGGACAUGCUUUAACUACAUGUCAAAUUCUCUCUACAAAAACAAAAAAUUAGGAUCAACAAAAAUCAACUCAUCGCAAGUAUUCUCCAUCUCACUUCAUACCGUAAUCAACGAGCUCCAGAAAGUCAGUUACUCACUCAAAUCCUCCGAUUCCUCUACCGAUAAGUCAACAAGUCACUGCAACUAUCUGUAUUUCAACAAAUCACUAAGUCAAUUGAACAGUUAUUUGGCUAUUCAUGAAGAGAAAAACUCCAGAGCAACGAUGACUAUGAGAUCUGAAAUGCUUGACUGGCUCCAAACUGAAAGGCCCAAAAUUGCGAGAUGCUUGUAUUCAUUGGAGUUAGACAAGGGUUUGAACACAAAAAAAGCGAACAAUUGCUUGAUGAUUCUGGUGAAUAUGAACAGCAUCUCUGAGAUGCUUAAUCCAUCAAUUAAUUUUUUCACUUUAGAUGCAUUUCAAAGCUCGGGGAAAAGUAUCGUCGCUUUACUUUUCUCAGAUCAGGAUUUUGUGGGAGUAGUGUGUAUUUUCGGCGUGCAGUUUAUUUUCUUGCUGUUUUUGGUUUGUAUUCUUUUACGUGUUUGGUGACAAUAAACUUAUUAUUCAAUUUUGAUGUAUUUUGUGUUCA